CGGCAAACCCGUAAGCCAAACAACAGACAUUAGACCAUACCAUUACUACUACUCUCCAGUUAGUAAAACCCAAAAUUAGUCCCGCCCGAGAUCCGACUAGAUAUAUUUGAGCGUAUUCCCAUGGCGUCCAUACUUGCCAUUAAAGGUACAUCGCCAUCGAUGAAUGCCACUGUGCUUUCAAGUAUUCCUUCAAAGCAAGUAUUGCUAGCUGAUAUGCCUUGGCUCUGGGAGCUCCAAGAUACUGACGCGUCUGACUCUGGGGAGUCAGUGUCUCGACUCUCCCAGACACUCCUGGAUCCUUUUCAAAAGGUUCAGUACAAGGGAUACGUAACUAUACUCUUGGACUCGUCAACCGUAGAAGGAUCUGGAAAGUCUGCGACAGAUCAGAGAAUAUUAUGCAGGAGGGGGAAAUAGAGGGCAUUGAUAGAGAGUAAAAGUUAGUAUCCACGGGAUGCGAAAAGAAUGCUGGCGGAUUUGUGGAAGGGCGGAUCCCUUGCUCAAUAUUCAAGACAAGAAAUGCCCAUGGUUCUAAUAACAUACUACUGUUGAAGAAAUCCAACUAGUGGAGAAUUUCUGAGUCGGCGGUUUUGGCGGAAGAAAGGGGAAACUCAACUAUUAACUUAAUCUCACACGCUAAGCAUUCAGGCCGCCUCCGAAGCGUAGCAAGGAUAAGGUAGCCUGCAUCAAAAGUAUGGCGGUGAUGCGCGAGGAGCAGUGGCAAGCUAUUCGGCUAUCUCGCUUUGUGAAAAACUAAGCUAGUCCAUCAUCUGGAUUUUAAUGCCAGAACGGGAACGUUGUGAAUGGCUCCAUCAAUUCCCGCUGCGCUCACUGAGGGGCAGAGAAACAGUACACCGCCGCACAGAUCAUGGAUCAGGGAAUCUUCUGUGACCGUCUCCUAAAAUCCAUAAUCAUGUGUUGAAGCCAAUAGAAGCUCGGUAGAGUCUGUCUAGUUCAUGUGAGCUAUGUAUAUCUGCUGCUCCUAAGAGCUCUUUAAGGCAUGCUCAGUUCCUCAGCUGUGGCUGCUCCUAUGCGCGCCAGCACAUGUGGAGGAGAUUUUUGUGUCAGCAUCUGGAAUGCGAAGAGAAAAGCUUCUGGAUGUUGUGAAGAUGAGUUCUCCCACACCUAGGUUAGGAUUCAGGCGACUAGGUAAGUGGAGUUGAUUGAGUCAACAAAAGGAAGUGGGUAGAACACCGUGUUGUAUAUUAUGGGCCGUUCUCUAUUCUGGGUAAAAAAACCCCGAUGAGCUGUCGAGAUUGUUCGGACAUCCGUCCAGUUAGCCGAAAAUUCGCAACAUGUGCGCAAUGCCGAACGCGCGUUGGCCGUACUCAGCGGUCAGUUUCAACAUGUGGAGGCUUGUUUCUAAUUGUAGCCCGAGGGGGCAAGCUCCCUAGGCCCGAUAGAUCGGCCGUGGCGGAUUUCCAUUGUAGGUGGGUACAUCUGCGAGAACCAGACUUCAAAGGGCAACUUUUAAGAGCUCGCACGGAGUCCCAAGGAACGGCCAAGCGGGCUCGAAGAUUCGGUUAUCCACCAAAGCUUAAACGGUUGGUUAAGCUUCUCGGAUGGCCUUGAUUUUGAGGUACUCUGUGUAGCUUCUCCUGCAGAUCCAACUCAUUUAUUGGCUUGACUGUUAGUAAUAGUUCUGAAGAUCCUCUUCAUGUGUCAAAUCUAGAAUCUAGGAUAGGCAAUUUGAUAUGUAGUAUGAUUCGAUGGCGCACUGCUGGUCGGAA